AUGUCCGCACUAGUCGCCCCAGGCGAGUUCCUUGGUCCUGACGGUAUCGACCCUCGCCAGGAAAUGACGGACAACUACGAGCACCAUGUCGUCGAGCACACCAAUGACCCCAACGCUUCCUUUGACCGUGACACCAACUCGAUGCCACUCGAGGUCUACAUGCACUACGCAGCCAUCGAGCGUGCUCGCGAGGACGCAGACCCUCGCCCCAUUCCCGACGCACCUUGGACUGUGCUCAUCAAGACCCUGACCGGUCGCAAGAGCAAGAUUGUUCACCCCCACGAGCCUCAGCCUCAUCAGAUCCAGUACACACCCAGCCAGGAGGAGAAGCGCGAGCCUGGCGAGGUCACUGUUGGUGCUCCGGACAACCUAGACCUUACUGGCGAGAAGGAGACUGCGUACCGUGUCCUUCGUGUGGCUUCGUGGCAGAUUGUCUUUUACCUCAUCACCACCGACAUUCUUGGCUUCUCAUCGUCUCCCGCCGCCUUCCUUCAGCUUGGUUUUGGCCCGGGCGUUCUCGUCUACACGUUCUUCUACGUCCUCGCCUUCCUCAGUGGUCAGAUCCUCUGGCGCAUGUACCUCAGCAUGGACUCGGAGCAGUACCCCGUUACCUGCUACGCGGACCUGGGUGAGCGUACCUUUGGUCGCUUUGUCCGUCACGUCUUCAACGUCUUCCAGUCGCUGCAGCUUCUGUUCAACGUUGCCAUUCUCAUCAUUGCCAACGGCCAGACCCUGGCAUCAAUGAUCGAGUGGAAGUUUUGCUUCAUCGCGCUCAACAUCUUCUGGAUGCUUGCGGGCAUGGUUGUGGGGCAGAUCCGCACCCUGCGUUCGUUUGCUUGGUUUACCAACAUGAACAUUUGGCUGAACAUUAUCGUCAUGGUUCUCACGAUGGUCGGUAUUUCCAAAUAUCUCCCUGUGCCUUCGCAGUCAAACCACACCGACCUGUCUCAACCCAUCCAGACUUCUGGUUGGAUUCCGGCCACGACGAGCGGCUGGUACGCGCAAGUUGUGGGUGUCCAGUACGCCGUCUUUGCCUACGGCGGCGCCAUGGUCUUUACAGAGUUCAUGGCCGAAAUGCGCCGCCCUCGCGACUUCUGGAAGGCGGCGUUCCUGGCUCAGCUCUUCUGCUACCUCACCUACAUGCUGUUUGGUCUGUACUGCUACGCGAAGCAGGGCCAGUACACCUCCAUCCUUCCCAACCUCGACUUCCAGAACACCACCCUGUCUCUGGUCACGAACGUUAUCGGCCUCGUGUCGACGGGCGUUGCGACAGUGCUGUACGCCAACAUUGGAAUCAAGGUGUUCUACCACAACGUCCUGCGCGCGUAUCUCAAGUUUCCCGACUUCAACUCCAAGAAGGGCAUGUUCGUCUGGCCAUGGCUCGUCAUUGCGUACUGGGCGUUUGCCUGGGUGAUCGGAAGCGCGAUCCCGUCCAUCUCGUCGCUCGUCACCCUCAUUGGCGCGGCCUGCAUUCUCCAGUUCACCUACACGUUCCCGCCAAUCCUCCUGCUUGGCUUUUGGAUGCAAAAGGACGCCAUCAAGGGCGACCGCCCCUGGGAGCCUGGAAUGGAGCCGUGGUCAAACCGCAUCGACACCUGGCGCGACAGCUCCCGCUGGAAGCGCGGGUUCCGCAAGUACUGGUACGUCAAGGCCUGCCUGUUCCUGCUCUUCCUGUGCGCGGUUGUCCUGGCCAUUAUUGGUAUCUACGCCGGUAUCAAGCAGGCCAUCGAGUCGUACGCGUCCGGCGCAACCACCGCAUUCUCUUGCGUGGCUCCGGGCCAGCCCGUUGGCAACUCGACUAGCAGUUAA